UUGUCAUUUGUCUGGCCAACUAUUCUAUUCACUACUCAAUUGUCAUGGAUUGGCAGAUUUUAAAACUUUAUUUACUACUUCUCCUUGCUCUAAAUCUGUUCCUACAAUGCUCAACAGAGGAAAUCGGUUGCCUUAAACUAAACAAUGUGACAAAUAGUGAAGUUGAGGCUGUGCUACCAACUACGCCAGUAGAUCAAGUCUCUAUGCCGAUCAAAUGCUAUAGCAAGUGUGUGAUUAAAGAUUAUUUCAAUGAAAAGGGCAUAAUCGAUUUGAAACUAGUGGGCAACCGGGCCAGAGAAACGGAACUACGUGUUUUGUCCCAGUGCAAGGCUAAACACGAUCACAAUUUUGUCGACAAUAAUGAUGAUGUCAGGCCGAAUGAGAAGCAUUGUGACUACGCUUAUGUGAUGUUACAAUGCCUAUAUCUGGGCCCAACCAAUGGAACGUCAAUUAAUUGAGCUUUGUGAACUAUAAAAACAACUAAUGUCAGAGCACGUCAAUUUGGAAAUUUAAAUAAAAAAUUAGUUUGCACUCAUUUAACAGCGAAAACCUAAUGAGUGAUAGAAA